GUUUCGUUAUCUGUGGCACAGUUUAAUCCUGUAAUAUUUUGGUUUUAGGUUAUAAAAUAAGAAUUUAGAUAUAAGUAUGCACUAAGCUCAAACUGGGUUGAUUGUGUGGUUAAUUACUAACUGAUGAUACGAAAUAUAAUACACUGAAAUCUACACAGUUAUUAAACUGCAAAUUUCUAAAAUGGCGAACUCCCUACUGUCGAAGAUGGGGUCUCUGCGCCUAGCGCCUGUAAUAUUCACUCAGCCGUCUCGAACUACUACAUCAAAGCAUUUUAUACCUAAGUUUAAGAAGCAAAGAGCCCAGAAAUAUCUGAAGGUUGAGUUACCGGACCCAAAUGAGGAUUUUGCUGCAUUGGGUCCUGAGAAAAUUAGACAGAAAAUGAAGGAGCGAGGUCUCUUACCGCCUAGGCCAUGGAUGGAACGGCCUUUCUAUAUUUCCGCUACUGGCGGAGUAUUUGAGCCAUAUGUCCCACCAGAAGGUGAUGGCAAGGCCUCCCUGGUCUCCACAACACGAGCCAAACAAGCAGUACAAUUACUAGAAAAGAAGUCGAAAUCAAUGAUGGCUAUCCGUAAAAUUAAGUCAUUUGAAGAGGAAUUUGACCAAAAAGAGUUUGUCCAGAAAGCCCAGGAAACAUACAUUAAGGCACAUGAAAUCCUUGCCAGUGGAAAUACAAAAGCUCUCAGGGAUUAUGUCACAGAGAAAGCUUACCCAGAGUUUAGGUUCAACACUUUGUCGAAAACUAUCCGAUGGAGCUUUUUAGAAUCUCUGGAGCCUCCAAGAGUGGUGCAUGCUCGAUGCACUGAUGUUGUCAGCAAGGAAAAUAUUUAUGGACAGGUCACUGUCCGCUUCCACACCCGCCAAACCCUCGCCGUAUACGACCGCUUUGGUCGCCUCAUCCAUGGCAGCGAGAUCGUAGCUAAAGACGUCCUAGAAUACAUUGUAUUUGAGAAGCAUUUAUCUAACUUAUAUGGUACAUGGCGUAUCCAUGAGAAGAUAAUCCCUGACUGGACUCCGCCCAAGGAACCUUCGAAGCUGACCAGGUUAAUGCCAGAGCCUGAACCGGAGGUGGUGAAGCCGGAUAAAGUGGAAAGUAUUGAGGGAAAGGAAACAGCCGCCAUAGCUGAUAAAUGAGAUGUAAAUAAAUGUGUAGUGUAAAUAGUAA